GUGAACGCCUCAGAUGCGGUGGAGUGCCAGAGCAAAUGUGCGGCCACCGACGAAUGCAAGUCCUUUGGUUUCCAGACAUCUUUCAAUGCUUGCUGGCUGGGAUCGGAUAUUCAGACUCCACACAGGGCACUGUCAAAGGGCUUCGUGGCUGGGCCCGCCAGAUGCGUUGCGGAAAGAAGAUUCCUGAGUGGCUUGGAGGCCAGCCCCGCCUGCACUGCAUCGCCAAGCAUUCGCUUUCCCGGUCGGACGGCCGGAGAGUCGGCCUCCACCUUCACCUCGGGCAUGGUCCCUGUGCCCCUGCAAUGCUGGCCGCACUACGCAGCAACGGGGAAGCCGGCCUUGUGCAAGGGCUCCCUGAUGCAGGUCCUCGAGGAUUCUGCCACGGGUUGGCCCGGAAACUGUCCGGAACCGGGAGCAGAGUCUGAAGAAGCCAAGCCCCUUUUUGGGACGGGAGCCUGGCGGACCGGAGGUCUGGGCCUGCAUUUCAUGCCGGACGAGACGUCCGAAACUUGUGAGACGAGUUGUCGCGGCAAUGUCAGCUGCUCAACAUUCCAAGUCGUCGAAACCGAUGCCGGGAUGCUGGAAUGCUGGCAGGGCACAGGCUACGACUGUUUCCGAGACAAUGCGCAGGAGAAAAUUCUGGCUUCCAAGCGCUUUCUGCGUGGCCGGUAUCGCGUUCUGAAGGACUUGCGCGGCUUUGAGGUGACAGGGUUGCAGUAUGCCUUCGACAAGGAAGCUUUUGGAUCGGAUGUGGAACAGGCUGUCAUGAUGUGCAAUCACACCUGCUUGUCUCUUGUGACGUGCCAAGCCUGGAGAUAUUCCACGGGGGAUGGAUGCUGGUUUGAUCACGGUGAGCUUGUUUAUCCGCCAACCACUGAUACCUUUCUGAAGGGCACAGAAGCAGCAGCACUGGUUGUGGCCGGGGCCUAUGUCCAGCGGCUGUGCGAGGUUCCGCAGGAUCUGCACGAGCAUGUGGUGUCGACGUCGGCCGCCAUCGCCAUCAUCCCGACUCCAGAGGCCCUCAGCCUCUCCACGCCGCUGCCGCUGCCCGUGGCCGUUGCCAUCAAUGCUAGCGCUGGCACCCUCCCUCCGGUGCUGCCACUGCCGGCCGCGGUGGUCAAUGCGACCGCUGCGAGCGCUGCUACCGCUGCUACCGCUCCGCCAGACGCCCUCCUCGUCCCGGAUGUCUCGGUCUCGACGAUGUCCACGACGCCGCCUUCCACGACCGCGGCGAACGCCUCCGAUGCCUCCUUCCUCCCGGCGGUCACGGUCAGCCAUGUAAGCGCCAGAGCGAGCUCGAGCCGCCAGAGCUCCCAGGAUACGGCGGAGCCGAAGGAGCCGUUUCCGGGCACCUUCCUGCGGGUUCUCUCGUCAGGCUUGGUCUUCUACAAAAGUGAGGAUGACGUGCUGCAUAUGGUUCCUUCGGGAUGCAAGGAGCUCUCCUGCGGCGAGAGCGUCCUGGAUCACUGCCGUGCAGCUGCCUCCGUCUCCGAGGAAGAGGUGAUCAGCGACAGCACGGGCCAGGAAUUCUCUUGCGCGCUUCUGACAGCUUCUG